AUGGCUCCUUUUAGGUCUCACGUCUCUACAAAGAGCAAAGUGAUGAAGCCAUGGGAAGCCAACACAAAUUUGCCGAUCCGCAAGGGAGCUUGGACUCAAGAAGAAGAUUCAAAACUAGCUCAGGCUAUUGCUGUUCAUGGACCUCAAAGGUGGAACUUCAUUGCUGCCAAAGCAGGUGUCAAAAGGAGUAGCAAGAGUUGCAGGCUAAGGUGGUUGAAUUACCUGCGCCCAAAUAUCAAGAGAGGAAACAUAUCAGACCAAGAAGAGGAUUUGAUACUUCGUCUUCAUAAACUCCUCGGAAACAGGUGGUCCUUAAUUGCGGGAAGACUACCAGGACGAACAGAUAAUGAAAUAAAAAAUUAUUGGAACUCUCAUUUGUGCAAGAAGGUGAAGAAGCAGAGAGAGAAGCAAAUUGGCCUGUGCCCAGAAAGAGAAGAAGAUAAACAAGAAGUGAUCAUUGUGGAAGAAAUUAAGGUUCAUAUUUCUGAUGAGGAAGAAGAGAGAACAAGAGGCGAGAAUUCAAAUAACGAGGAAGGUCAUGAAGAAGAAGAAGAGUCAUCAUCAAAGCUUGAUUUUGAUGUGGACGAGUUCUUCAAUUUCUCCGAAGAGGACUCAUCACUGAAUUUGGAGUGGCUUAGCAAAUUCCUUAAUGAUGAUUCAACAUAGUUAGAGUC